UGUAAAUAUAACUGGUUUUUUUUUUUAACCAAGACAAUUUUUACUGAUAAAAACAAAAACAGUAUACAAAAAAGCACAACAAAGUCAUAGUUUCUGGUUGUUUAAAAUUCACGUCUAAAUCUCUCAAUCAACAUUUGCAAAAUUAAAGUUUAAACAUGCCUCCUGUCAACAAAGAGUUUGAUAUCAACGUAAAAGUGGCAGUUAGCAAGCAUCUUACCACUGAUAAUACAGUGAAAAUUAUAUUACUUCAUGAACACGACUGGAACGAACCAAAGUUGAUCUUUCAAGAAGGAUAAUUGUACUAUGUGAGGAAAAUAAUAAGGUGAUGUACGAUGUACUGUUGGAUGAAGCAAAUGGUCAUAUCCUCAAGCUCAAUGAAGACUCUAUCAAGUAUGUCAACCCUCUUACAACUCUAGUAACUCAGGGAACUGUUAUCAACGCCACUAUAGUCGAAGCUGAAGAUGCAGUGGAUGAAGAUGAGGAAGAGGAAGCCAUUGAUUUGACUUCAAGUCGUGGGUGGAACGCUGGUGAGGCCUGCAUCGAUUCUCGUCUAGGCGAUUCAGUAGAAGGGUUCGCCUCCUUGAACUCUCGUUUAAUGAUGAACAAUGGAAAAUAUGCCUCUUCAUUGGAUUAUUUCUUGUUCUUCCUUCCUGUGGAUCAUUUUUAUUCCAUUAUCCACAAUACCAACCUUUAUGCAAGAAGUCUCGGCCAUUGGGAAGAUAUUACCUUUCAUGAAUAUCUCAUGUGGAUCGCACUCUUGACGGUAAUGACUGUGGUCAGACAUGGUGAUAGAAAGGCAUAUUGGAGACAAGACCAGUCUUUUUUCUUGAUGAAUGUUGAUUUUAGUCAAUAUAUGUCUUUUAACAGAUUCAAUGACAUCAUGAAGAUGCAUGUUUUUAAAAUUCCUUCAAACCAGGCUCAGGAACUUGACCCUCUUUAUCAAAUUAAGUCCACCACCCAAGCCUUUAAUGAUCACAUGCCUAAGUGUAUAAUACCAGGAAAAUAUCUUGUUAUCGAUGAUUCCAUGAACCAAUGGUUAGGUGCUGGUACGCCAAAUUUAAAGAAGGUUCCUAGAAAGCUACAUCCAAUCGGACAAGAGUUUAAGACGUUGGCUGACAAUCACUGCUACUGCAUAUUGCGUGUCGAUACAGUCAGUGAUCCUUGCCCAAAAGAAUUUGACAAAGACCCUGGUCCCAAGCAUCGUUACUGGCCUCAGGGCAUGCCUGAAACAGGCAUUGUGGAGAGCGUAGCUGCUAACUAUGGUAGUUACUACACUAUGAAAAAAGAUACAACCAACGGGAAAAUGUUUGUUUGCGCUUUUCGGGCUCAAAAAGUAAAAGCCUUUGUAUCCUCAUGUGGCACCACUAGACUUGUUGGUGAAAAGACUUUCAAGUCUUCUGACGGUAACCUAGUUACUAUCAAGCGUCCAGAAGUAAUAGAUGGAUUCGAAAGACACAAAAGUUCUGUGGAUGCUGCAAAUAAUUUACGUGAUAAUCUGACCUCUUAUCACGGCAUUAUCUCAACCGAGAGAUGGGAAAUGCGCUUCUUUGGUUUCUUCUUGGGCCUUUGCGAAGCUAAUGCAUACAGUUCCUUCAAGGUCUUCUCUGAGAAAGGUGCUUCAAGGGAUUACUCAUCCUUUAAGGAUAAUUUGGCCUUCAACAUGCUUGAACAUUGUAAGAAACUGAAGUCAAGAUACAAUGAAGUGGCCCAAGACAGCAACCGAAUGCUUAGAAGUGACUCUAACCAUUCCUACAUCUCCAUGAGUAAUGCAGGCAAUAAAAUAAAGAGAUUGAUAUGCCACAAAUGCAAAGAAAGCGGCACUAAUGGCAAGCGGGUUGAAAAAUUUUGUAGUUGUGACCCCACAACCCCUUUGUACUUCGACUGUUAUAAUCAGCACUUGAAGGCUGCCUGGCAUCGUCAGCUUUAUUAA